CAUUCCUUUCACCCCCCAGAAGCGAAGCAGCCGCCCUGGACACAGUGGGCGCACGUGAGGUUUGGCUAACUUGGCUGGCUUGUCUAGGGAUGGCAACAAAGCAACGUGCUGGAUUGUUUCAGGCGGACACGUGUCUGCUGCUGUUUUCCUGAGCCUUGAGGAGCCGCGCGCUUUGCAGCACACGGGGGAGCGCUCUGGACGGCGGGUGGCUCUUUGCUAGUGGUCAGCACUAAGCUCCUGGACAGAGAAGGGGCAGAGGCGAGGGAAGCAUCCGCGGAGCUGAUGGGCCAUCCGAAGAGAACAGUCAAGACGCAGCCGCUUGGCGUCCUAGCUCUCACCAAGAAGCCAGCCCAGGGGUGCAGGGUGGGGGAGUUGCUUGCUUGAUUUUGGGGCAAGACAUUCAGCCCUGAUCGGGCUGCGGAUUUCCCUGCCUGCUGCUGGAGCUGGGCAAGGCAGAGACGCAGGGAGGACUGAAAUUGUUUCCAAACCUGUGUAGGAAGCAAGAUUGAACUGUCGGAGAAAGCUGAAGGCUGUUUUUGUGGGUCGGUGCGUGUGUGUGUGCGUGUGUGUCUGGUAUUAUUUGACACCCACUACGCAUCCGGAGAGAGUUUUUUUGGCUUUGGCAUACCCACUCCCCCUUACAAAAAAAAGAGACUUGUCUGUUUUGUUUUUCAAAGGAUGCUUCGUACCCUUUGCUGUAGGAACCUGCCCUCCGGCUUUGAUCUCACUGCUCUGGAUCGAGAAGGACCAGCGGCUAAGCUGCCGCCACCAGAUAGUUUUGUGCAGAGCUCUGGGCUCUUCUAGCUGAAGGGGACUCAACACUUGCCCUUACUGCAUAAUAAGCGAGGAGCUUCUUUCCCGUGUCUGCUUAGCCGGGUACUGUUUUGGGGGUAGGUGUGUUUGGUUCCCACCCAUCGAUCUAGAAUGAACCCUUAAAAAUACACCAGGACUGCCCCUGCUCGCCUGCGGAUCGGGGACUCCUGCCCGGGCGCAUCGCCUCUCUGAACUGCGGAGAGAAGGAGGGGGGGGGGUCAAUUGUAUUUAUCUUGAUCGCCCAGCAAGUGGAGAGAUUGCUUUUUUUCUGCUGCACUAAUUGGAAACACCACUGGUCGAUGCUCUCCCUAGGUGGUGAUGCUGAGGGAAGGAGACAGGGAGAGCAGGAAACAUGAGCCUGCAAGAGAAGAGAGAUCAGGGCUGAAGCCUUUGCUCCAGCAUUGUGUGUGCGCGUUCCCCCGGCAGACUGACUAUUAGCUGCGCAGGGUGCACAUGAGAGCAAAGAUCCAUCCUUCCCCCCUUCUCUGACCUCUCGAGGAACCUCUCCGGCGGUGGAGGAGACCUGCGAACUACACCCUGCCAUGCUCCCUCUGAAAUAACCUCCCAGGCACCGAGGGAUCCAUCCGAAGGAAGGGGAUCAGAGGGCAAACGCCAGCCAUCAUAACCUUAAGCAAAUAUUAGCUCUGCUGCUGCUGCUGCUGCUGUUGCGCCUCUAUCUGGGGGAGCUGAAUCCAGGAAAAGGCUUUAUCCUCCUCGCAGGGCUGGGUCCUUAGCAAGGGGGGGGGAGACAAGGGGGGUUUAUUUGCUGAUGAUCGGAAGUUACUGACAAUAAGCACCUUCAUCUCUCCAAAGGCGGAGAGAGAGAGAGAGAGAGAGAGGAGGAGGAGGAGGAGAGACGGGGGAAGAGGAGAGCUGAUGCCUAAGGGAGCCACUCGGAGGAGGCAGACCAAGCAGUAUCUCAACUUCUCAUCUUUGUUUAUCAGCGCGAAGCGAGAUCGCUGGAAAUCUGCGGGGGUUUAUAACUGGAUCAUUCCCAUGUCAAGGCUGCGGCUGGGGAUUUUGCUCCAUUAACUUGAAGCCACUGGCCUCCCCCCUUCCUCACUCAGCGAUGUAUUCACUGCUCUCAGCCUGCACUUGCUUAUGUUUACAUUCCCUGCUGCUGUGCUUUCAGGUACAGUUCCUUCCAGUGAUCAGAGUCUGCACUGCGUGGGAGCAGACAUGCCAAUCAUCCUGGUUUGGGAAGGGGAGGUUCACAAAUUUGUGAACUCCUGGAGCCGUCCCACCUGCUUGCCUUCGCUGCUGUCAUUUCUCCCACUUGGCAUGCUGCUGUUGAUGCCUGAGAGCAGAACUCUGCUGGCACACAGAACAGAUGUUCCUUGCCGAGGAGAAUGUGGAUUUUCGGAUACACGUGGAGAAUCAGACACGAGCAAGGGACGAUGUGAGCAGGAAGCAGCUUAGACUCUACCAGCUGUACAGCAGGACAAGUGGGAAACACAUCCAAGUUCUAGGCAGGAGGAUCAGUGCUAAGGGGGAAGAUGGAGACAAAUAUGCCCAGCUUCUAGUGGAAACAGACACAUUUGGCAGUCAAGUCCGGAUCAAAGGGAAAGAGACAGACUUUUACCUUUGCAUGAACAGGAAAGGCAAGCUAGUGGGGAAGCCGGAUGGCACCAGCAAAGAGUGUGUCUUCAUUGAAAAAGUCCUAGAAAACAACUACACAGCACUGAUGUCUGCGAAAUACUCUGGCUGGUACGUUGGAUUUACCAAAAAGGGAAGGCCACGAAAAGGGCCCAAGACCCAGGAAAACCAACAAGAUGUGCAUUUUAUGAAAAGGUACCCAAAGGGUCAAGUGGAGUUACAGAAACCUUUCAAGUACACCACAGUGACCAAGAGGACUAAGAGAAUACGACCUACCAACCCCAGUUAAAAGAUAGACAAAAACAGUGUCACAAUAAUAAACCACAAAAAAACUACACCAGAGGAAUAUUUUUACAUUAAAAAUAAGGAAGAAGUUCUAUUUUUGUACAUUGUGUUUAAAAAAUAAUUAAAAAAAUUAAAAAAAAUAAAAGACUGGAUGGCAAACGCUGGGGGAAGCUGUUAGGGAUUUAUUGUGACUUGAAAAACAAAAUGAACUGCUCUAUUUAAAUUGACUUCUUGUUGUUGACACAUAGGUGCUUAUUUCUCUUUUUUGGAACGGACAACAUUUCAAGCAGAUCCCCAGAGGAAAAACAAUUAAUAUUAAAUAAAAUAAAACCAAAGAAAACCAAAGUUCUUUCCCAAAGUUACUAAGACCCUGCCCCGAAAAUCACCAGUUUUGCAGUAAUCUAUUUAUUGUCUGCUGCAAACUGUCCCGAGACAAGAUGGUGUGUGCGGCAGUGAUUGAGUUUCCGUGGAGUUCUCAAUGCAUCGAUCUUCUGUAACCUUUCUGAUGACAUAAGGUGUCACGGCUCUGUGAUCCUGCAUUAUGCUCAGUUCUGGAGAAUGCUGCUAAAUACAUUCAAGUGACUAAAAGUGACCUAAUACACCAAUGAUAAGGGAAUAUUUUAAAACCAGCUAUAUUAUAUAUAUUAUAUAUAUAUAAGCUAUUUAUUUCACCUCUCUGUAUAUUGCAGUUCCAUGAACCAAGUAUUACUGCCUCAACAAUUAAAAAAAUUA